GAAUCAUCACCCUCUCCUCUCAGCCCUCCACCCACCCUCUGCUCCCCGCCCGCCUGCAACGCAGCGCUCCUCUCGCCGGACUGCGCUCUGAUCAACCGAGCAUUCACCGCGCCUCCAAAUUGGUUUGUCAUUUCUGACCCCGCUCUCUCUCUCUCUCUGCGUGCGUUGACCACGGUCCUCUGCUCCGCUGCGCCCCGCGCCCGUGGACUUCGGCAGAAGUCAGUAAGAACAUAAAGAGAGAGAGGGGAAGGGAGGGACGGAGGAAGGGAUACAGACAGACGGAUAGAGAGAGUGAGAGGGAGAGGGAGAGAUACGCCUCUGUCCUCCUCCAGCACUCCAGCACUGGACUUGGUGCGUUUGGACGACCGCGAAACCUCCUCCCGUGUGAGCGCCGUUCGGGAUACUAAGCACGCACCUCUUUGGUUUAUUACACCCUCAGCUUUAUUUCCAUCCUCUCUUUCGGGAAGAGCUGGCCGCACGUCGUUUUGCAGCAGCGAGAAUUAACUGUAGAGCCGGGAGCCGAGGCGCCAACCACCAGUAAGAGAAAUCUAUCGAUUGGGAAGAUAGAGCCCGUUUCUAACCGAGAUCUGCGUUCCGUUGACUGUGCGAGGGAGCGCAGAAAGGGUUAUUCCCGACUCCUCUCUGCGCUGGAUGUGUUUAUGUGCUCCCAUACAUCUCUGCGGCUGGUCACACGGACUAGGACAUCCAGCUGCCACUGAGAUGUGAUUCUCUGCGGUUUCAUUUCACUUUGACGAAGCAAAGCACACUUUAGCAGGCCUGUAUGGUGUCAGAAACACUGCGCUGUGAGAGAAACGGCUCGCCACAAGACCGUCUGGGCUCAGCAGGAAGUACCUCCACGUCUACUUCCAGGUCAACCUCAGACGUCAUGUGGACCAGAUGCUUGCUCUUCAUCUCAGCCUUGUUUGCCCCAAUUGCCACUGCCGAUGGACGCGCCCCCAUCCCCAUGGCGGUAGUCCGCAGGGAGCUGUCAUGUGAGUCCUACCCCAUCGAACUGCGCUGCCCGGGCACAGAUGUCAUCAUGAUCGAGAGCGCCAACUACGGCCGCACCGACGACAAGAUCUGCGACUCCGACCCCGCCCAGAUGGAGAACACGCGGUGCUACCUGCCCGACGCCUACAAGAUCAUGUCUCUCAGAUGCAACAACCGUACCCAGUGUGCAGUGGUGGCCGGCCCCGACGUCUUCCCUGACCCCUGCCCCGGCACGUACAAAUACCUGGAAGUCCAGUACGAGUGUGUCCCUUACAAAGUAGAACAAAAAGUAUUCCUGUGUCCCGGCAUUCUGCGGGGAGUGUACCAAAGCGAACACCUCUUCGAGUCAGACCACCAGUCGGGCGCGUGGUGCAAAGACCCGCUGCAAGCCUCCGACAAGAUCUAUUACAUGCCGUGGACGCCGUACCGCACGGACACGCUGACCGAGUACUCGUCGAAGGAGGACUUCAUCGCGGGCCGCCCCACCACCACGUACAAGCUCCCGCACCGCGUGGACGGCACCGGCUUCGUCGUGUACGACGGCGCCCUUUUCUUCAACAAGGAGCGCACCCGCAACAUCGUCAAGUUCGACCUGCGCACGCGCAUCAAGAGCGGCGAGGCCAUCAUCGCCAACGCCAACUACCACGACACCUCGCCGUACCGCUGGGGCGGCAAGUCGGACAUCGACCUGGCGGUGGACGAGAACGGACUGUGGGUGAUCUACGCGACGGAGCAGAACAACGGGCGCAUCGUGGUGAGCCAGCUCAACCCCUACACCCUGCGCAUCGAGGGCUCCUGGGACACCAGCUACGACAAGCGAUCGGCCUCCAACGCCUUCAUGAUCUGCGGGGUCCUGUACGUCGUCAAAACCGUGUACGAAGACGACGACAACGAGGGGACGGGGAACAAGAUCGACUACAUGUACAACACGGAUAAAGGGAAGGAAAUGACGGUGAACAUACCGUUCCCCAAUUCCUACCAGUACAUAGCGGCAGUGGAUUACAACCCGAGAGACAACCUCCUGUACGUGUGGAAUAACUACCACGUGGUGAAGUACUCGCUGGAUUUUGGCAACAAUGACUAUCGUCCGCCUCCCAUGAUGCCCCCCAACCGGGGACCGGGCCCGGUCGGCGGGGGAGGCUCCUCCUCCUCCUCCUCCUCGACCAGCAGAGCCACCACCACGCGCUCUCCCCCCUACUACACCACGCCGAGGCCCCUCCUCACCACCUCGCCAGGCCAGCGGUACCGGACGACCACCACGGUCCGCCAGCCCGUCCUGGUCACCGCCCGGGGCUCGUCGCCCGACGCCAACCACAUCCCCGACACCAACCAGAAGCCCCCGGCGCAGGUCCCCCCGGCGGCCCCGCAGCCCCCCGCCCUCCCGCCCCAGGACUUCUGCAGCCCGAGGGUGACGGCCGACAUAUCGUGGCCCCGGACGCAGCAGGGCCAGACGGCCAAGCAGCCCUGCCCCGUGGGGACGCUGGGCGUGGCCACAUACGUGUGCGUGGCCCAUUUGGGCUACUGGGAUCCCCGAGGCCCCGACCUCAGCAACUGCACGUCGCCCUGGGUCAACCACAUCAUGCAGAAACUUCGGUCGGGCGAGACGGCAGCGAUCGUGGCCCGGGAGCUGGCGGAGCAGACCAAGGGGCUCCUGCGUCCCGGCGACGUGCCGUCCACGGUGCGGGCCAUGGCCCAGCUGGUGGAGCUGCUGGACGUCCAGCUCAGGAACCUCACCCCGGGGGGCAAGGACAGCGCCGCCCGCAGCCUCACCAAGCUUCAGAAGAGAGAAAGGUCCUGCAGGUUUUUCACACAGGCUAUGGUGGAGACGGUGAAUAAUUUGCUGCAUCCACGAGCCCAGACAGCGUGGAGGGAGCUGCCCACCAGCGAGCAGCUGCACUCGGCCACCAUGCUCCUCGACACGGUGGAGACCGGCGCUUUCAUGCUGGCCGACAACCUCCUGAAGACCGACACCGUGCAGGAAACCACCGACUACAUCCAGCUGGAAGUAGCCCGGCUCAGCACGGACGGGAACCUCGCAGACCUCACGUUCCCUCAGACGGAGCAACAUGGAAACUCCAUCCAGCUGUCAGCCAGCACUCUCAAGCAGCACGGCAGGAACGGCGAGAUCAGGAUGGCGUUCGUCCUGUACAAGAACCUGGGCGCCUACCUGUCCACGGAGAACGCCACCGUUAGGCUGGGCGGCGAGGCGGUCUACCCGAAUUACUCCGUCAUCGUCAACUCCCCGGUCAUCACGGCGUCCAUUAACAAGGAGAGCAACAAGGUUUACCUGUCCGAGCCUGUGGUCUUCACUGUCAAACACCUGCAGCAAUCGGAAAAGAAUUUCAAUCCCAACUGUUCGUUCUGGAGCUACUCCAAGCGCACCAUGACGGGAUUCUGGUCCACGCAGGACUGUCGUCUGCUGGCCACCAACCGCACACACACCAGCUGCUCCUGCACCCACCUCACCAGCUUCGCGGUGCUCAUGGCCCACGUCGAGGUCAAGAUAGCGGACAGCAUGCACGACGUGCUCCUGGACGUCAUCACGUGGGUGGGGAUCCUGCUGUCGCUGGUUUGCCUCCUCAUCUGCAUCUUCACCUUUUGCUUCUUCCGCGGCCUGCAGAGCGACCGCAACACCAUCCACAAGAACCUCUGCAUCAGCCUCUUCAUCGCCGAGUCGCUGUUCCUGGUCGGCAUCAACAAGGCCGACCAGCCGAUUGUCUGCGCAGUCUUCGCGGCCUUGCUCCACUUCUUCUUCUUGGCAGCCUUCACCUGGAUGUUCCUGGAAGGGGUGCAGCUCUACAUCAUGCUGGUGGAGGUGUUCGAGAGCGAACACUCCAGGACUAAGUACUUCUACCUGGCGGGAUACGGAGUGCCCGCUGUCAUAGUGGCCGUCUCGGCCGCGGUGGACUACAGGAGCUACGGCACCGACCGAGUGUGCUGGCUGCGACUGGAUACGUACUUCAUCUGGAGCUUCAUAGGCCCUGCAACCCUCAUCAUUAUGCUGAAUGUAAUCUUCCUCGGUAUCGCUCUUUAUAAGAUGUUCCAUCACACAGCCAUUCUCAAACCAGACUCCGGGUGUCUGGACAACAUCAAGUCUUGGGUGAUCGGGGCCAUAGCCCUGCUGUGUCUGCUGGGGCUGACCUGGGCUUUCGGCCUCAUGUACAUCAACGAGAGCACCGUGAUCAUGGCGUACCUUUUCACCAUCUUCAACUCCCUGCAGGGCAUGUUCAUCUUCAUCUUCCACUGCAUACUGCAGAAAAAGGUGCGCAAGGAGUACGGCAAAUGCCUGCGCACGCACUGCUGCAGCGGCAAGAGCGUGGAGACCUCCAUCUCCUCCUCCAGUAAGACCACCACCUCACGGACCCCGGGCCGCUACUCCACAGGCUCACAGGUGAGCUUACCUGCCUGCACACCCGGACGCUACAGCACAGCAGACUCUCAGAGCCGCAUCAGGCGCAUGUGGAACGACACCGUGAGGAAGCAGGAGUCCUCCUUCAUCACCGGGGACAUCAACAGCUCGGCCACGCUGAACAGAGGAGCCAUGGCUAAUCAUCUUAUAACUAAUGCUCUCCUUCGUCCCCAUGGUACUAACAAUCCUUAUAACACUCUCCUGGGGGAUUCUGCAGUCUAUAACAACCCGGCCGUGGGCAUGUACAACACCCAAGCACCUUACCGAGACACAAAGGGGAUCCUGAACAAUGCGAGAGACUCCAGCGUCAUGGACACGCUCCCUCUUAACGGUAACCAUGCCAACAACUACAGCAUGGCCAGCAGCGAGUACUUGAGUGACUGCGUCCAGAUUUUGGAUCGUAGCGGCGGCUACGGCACCCACGCCAACCACAAGGAGACCACCCUGGAGAAGAAGAUCCUCAAGGAGCUCACCUCCAACUACAUCCCGUCGUACCUCAACAACCACGAGAGGGCCACCACCGAGCGCAACCACAACCUGAUGAACAAGCUGGUCAACAGCAGCAUGGCCAACGGAGGUGACUGGAGCAUGGCGGGGGGCAGCAGCAGCAGCAGCAGCAGCGGAGUCGGCGGGUGCGUGGGCAGCAGCAAAGAGGACAACAGCCCCAUGGUGCUGGACAACCCCACGGCCUUCCCCCACGAGGAGAACCUGGGCCUGGAGAUAAUCAGGGAGGAGUCCAACGCGCCCCUCCUCCCGCCCCGCCCCCCUCCGCCGGACAGCCACCCGCCUCCGCCGCCCCCGCCCCACAGCUUCUCCCGGCCGCGCCGCAUCCCCCAGGAGACCAGCGAGAGCUUCUUCCCCCUGCUGACCAACGAGCACACCGACGAGCACUCGCACUCGCCGAACCACAGAGACUCGCUCUACACCAGCAUGCCCGUGCUGACGGACCUGCCGGACGGGCAGGUGAACGGGCUGACGGACGGGGAGGAGGACAGCUCCGGGGAGCUGCAGCCCUGCAAGAGCGCCACGGCCCCGGAGCUGGACGACGUCUAUUACAAGAGCAUGCCCAACCUGGGCUCCAGGAACCACCUGCACGAGCUGCAGAGCUACUACCACAUGGGCCGCGGCGGCAGCGACGGGUACAUGGUGUCCGGGAGCAAGGAGGAGUCCGACUCGUCGCCCGAGGAGCCGCCCGUGGACCCUUCCCACCUGGUGACCAGUCUAUAGAGCCGACCCCGAGACUCUUGCCCCCACCCCCCACCCCCCUCGGUCCACAUUCACACUUUCAACCCUCCAACGAAAACAUUCUGUGUCGUCGACUGACAGACCGAGCUGUUCCCCGGACUGAUGUACUGUGCGUGACAUUAAAACUGCGGUUUCGUGACGAUAUGGUCGGGACACCGACGGCCGGACGCCGGAAAAGUCGGGAUUGAAUGUAUUGUCAUUAAGUGGUGCAGACUGAGAGUGCGGCUCUGAAAAGACUUUUUUUGUGGACUUCGAACGGGAGCGGAGACGUAAAGGGGGGAGGGAUUCUGUAAUUUUAUCGUACCUGUUACUUUAAUUUGGAAUCUUGGAUUGACCGUAGCCCCACAAGCCCCCCCCCCCCAUUAAGGACCUCUAGCAGAUCAUAGCAUAUAGUCGCAACUCCCACCACCACCACAGGGGGCCCCGGUUAAAGGAGCUGCCUGUCUCUUUGUCUCUUUGUCUGUCUCUCUUGUCUGAAUCCUAAAGACACCCACCGGGACUCUGUUUCAACCUCUCCGAAGGGUCGAACGAGGAUAUAUUCACGAUGUAAACCGGCCCCAAAGAAGCACCACUACCUGCCAAUUCAAGUGAAGGACGAAUGACACGCGCCCUCGCUACCAAUCACCCACCGAAAACUCGAACCAUAUCGCACCGACGUCCCGAACCCUCUCCCUGUUCGUAUCUGCUAAACCGGAGUUGCGCGUGGGCCGGUGUAACAUUCCUGCGAGGUGUAGUGACUGCGGCUACUGUGUAUUCCUCUGAAAACCAAGGAAGGAAGGAAGAUCCUAUCACAACAGACUUCAAAUAGUGAAAAAAAAACAAAAAAAAAGAAAAGAAAAAAGGUUCCAUUUCUUCUCCUUUCUUCUGUAAAAGUUUUCAGUUAUCGAAGGAUUGCGAGGAAAUCACAAACUGUUUCUAUGUAUUGUACAGAAUACAGAAUACAGAUGUUGCAUAUGACCAAGUCUUUUAUUUUUUAAUUAUGAGUUGCGGGGAAAAAAAAUCUUCUGUCUGUGGAACUGUUUCCGAAGCGACGCGCUCUGCGGAACGGCGGAAGGAGCAAGGAACAAUCUUUCAUGUCACUCUUUCGUAAGUCCAGAGACAGCGACGCACUCUUUGAUUAAUACGCAUAUACCCGACGCACACUUCAUUCUGGUCCUUUUAUAGCAACACCACUGUCACUUACGUUUUGCAAAAAUCGAUUGUUACUAUAUACUUUACCACUGUGUAGAUUUUUAAACCGAAAAGAUGGAAGAUGAAGUGGCUGGGUGAUGAGGGAGGGGAGAGCGCCGUGGAAACUCUUCAUCUUUGCUGGAAGCGGGUCUCGUUUUGACCCAGAAGGAAGAAGGCGAGGAGGAGGAGGAGGAGGAGGAGGAGGAGGAGGAGGAGGAGGAGCCAGGGUGACAAAAAACCCGAAACGUUUCUGAGUCACGUCCUCUCGAUUGCCAAAUAUUAACAAUUGACAUUACCUUGCCGUGCCGCUUUAGAUCUCGUUGUAUAGAAAAAGAUUGCUGAGACCGAUUAAAUGUUAUUGUCUAAAGUGGAAAACAAAAAAAAAAGAGAGAGAGAAAAGAUUCCCCUAUUUGAAUAAGAGGGUGGGCCUCACCUGUGAAAUGCCGUGUAUGUGCACUGAAGACGUGGGAACUCUGCACACAACAGCACUGUCCAAUGUGGAAAAGCCAACGUUUACUUAUUUAGGAGGAAAAAAAAUUCCUAUGUGUAUGAAGUGUAGCUUGCACAUGUAUCCCACGAAAGCCCCGCCCCCCUCCCUCCCCCUCCAUGUCCCCAAGAGAGAAAUUAUUUAUUUAUCUGUUUAUUGGUUUAAAGACAGCAAAAACAAUCUCGAAGCGAAGGGAGCUGGCUUUAGGGCGGGAGUAAAUAAAGUGGCACUGGGUUUGUUUUUGUUUCUUCUCUGAUUUUUUUUUUUGUUUUGUUUUGUUUUUUUUUAUUUUUGUUUCCCGUUUCUUUUUUUAAAUUAUUACGACCAUGAUUAUUAUUACAAUAUUACUGCUAAUUAUUUAUUCUUUUUGUAUGGGUUCCAAGUUGAAUGAUCUCAUAACUAAUAUUUGUUGUAACAGUGAAAGUUGUUUGCCAACAAAUAAAUUACUGACAUAG